AAGUGUCAAGUUCUAAGGUUAACAGGUUGAAAUAUAAACAAUGUUGUGUGAAUUUUUUUUCUUCAAGUGAAAGGAGGAAACAAGUAGCGUGAUAAAAACCAGUAUUGAGAUCAGUUUUAAAACAAGGACUUGUUUCAAUAUGUUAUCCAAAAGUUAUAUUAUGUGGAACUCCCAGAGACUCCAAACUUUUCUCAACCCUUUCUCAUCUAUUCAAGUACAGCAAAAUAUGCUAAGCAGUAAAGUACAGUUUUUGAAUAAGUUGAAUUUACCUAGCCUUCCUGUUCCGAAACUGCAUCAAACUUUAACUAAAUAUUUGAAAUCUGUUGAACCAUUUCUAACUGAACAAGAAUUGUUGAAAACUAAAACUGUGGUUAAGAAGUUUGCAGACAGUGAAGCUCCUUUGUUACAAAGUUACUUGGAAAAUAAAGCAUCAAAUUGUGAAAAUUGGCUAAGUGAUUGGUGGGAUAACACAGCCUAUUUAGAAUAUAGAGAUCCAGUCACAGUGUUUUCUAGUCCUGGACUUGUGUGCCCUCUACAACAAUUUUCAAAUGAAGCUGAGAGACUGUCCUAUGCAUCAAAAAUGAUUUUGGGAGCAAUAAAUUAUAAACAACUCAUAGAUAGAGAGCUACUACCCCUAGAUAAAAUGGGAAAAGAUCCUUUGGACAUGAAUCAAUACAAAAAAAUUUAUGGUACUUGUAGAAUACCAAGGCCUAUAAGGGAUGAAUUGCAAUUUAAUCCAAAUUCUAAGCACAUAAUAAUAGCUAGGAAUAAUAAUUUUUUCAAAAUGGAUGUGAUAACUCCAGAAAAUGGAGUACCUAGUUUCAAUCAAAUUCUGAGUCAGUUGAUAUAUAUAACCAAAAGUUCGGAAGUAUCAGGGAGUCCUAUAGGAAUAUUGACUUCUGAUAACAGAGAUAAUUGGUGUAAUGCCUAUAAACUACUUUCUUCAGAUAAAACCAAUAGAGAAAGUUUGGAUGCAAUUGAAUCAUCAUUGUUCAUUCUUUGCUUGGACAAUCCUCUUCCUAAAUGGAAUGAUGACACAUUAACUCUGGCUGCUAAGCAGUGCAUUCAUGGUGGAGGUCUUGAUGGUAAUUCUGCCAAUAGAUGGUUUGACAAAACAUUACAGUUUAUUGUUGGCACUGAUGGCAUUGUGGGUCUUACAUAUGAACAUUCUCCUAGUGAAGGGCAACCUGUUGCAGUGUUGACCGAUCAUGUUGUCAAAUAUAUAGAGGGUAACGACUGGAAAAGUCUACCUGAUAUUAAGACUGAAAAAUAUCCCGAGCCUUUAAUUUUCAAUGUUGACCAAGAGUUGAUUAAAGCCAUGGACACAGCAGCUACAAAUGUCAAUAGAUUAGCUGAUAACUUGGAAUUGAAUGUCUUCAAUUUCAAGAGUUUUGGAAAGGAAUUUGUGAAAUCACAAAAACUAAGCCCUGACAGCUUCAUUCAAAUUGCUAUUCAAUAUGCAUUUUAUAGAAUUCACAAAGUGCCUGGAGCGCAUUACGAGUCUGCUGCUACAAGGAGAUAUAUUCAUGGUAGAACAGAAACCAUUAGGUCUUGUUCAACAGAAUCGGUAGCUUUCGCUAAAGAAAUGUUGGAUAAUAAUUCUUCUGAAGUCGAUAAACUGACAGCACUAAAAACUGCCAUCAUGGCUCAUAAGAAUUACACUAUUGAUGCAAUAAAUGGUUUUGGGGUUGACCGACACCUUUUGGGCCUCAAAUUGGCGGCCAAAGAGUUGAAAAAAGAACUACCUGAACUGUACAAAGAUGUAGCAUUUUCUAGAAGUUCUCAUAUGAGACUUUCAACAAGUCAAGUGGCUACAAAAUGCAAGGGGGUUAUGGCAUAUGGACCUCUAGUACCGAAUGGAUAUGGUUGCUGUUAUAAUCCUCGUCCAGAUGAUAUAUUUUUUGCAGUAUCUUGUUUCAAAGACAAUGAAGAAACAGAUGCAAACAAAUUCAGAAAUGCAUUGGAAAGGAGUUUACUCGAUAUGCAUAACUUACUAGCAAGAAAUCAAAAACAUAAAUUAUAAAUCACCCAAUUCAAUUUUGAAUUUGGCAACUCAUCUUUUCACUUGGAAAAAAUUUUGAAAUUCUGAAAUAAUCAUCAAUUCUAGAAGAGCACAUGAUGACAAAAAAAUAGUAAUUUUUGAUUAAACAAAAAUGCCUGAAUAUUCAUCAUGUUAGUUUUAGGGCCUAAUAUGGGUAAACUCUUCUUGUAUUAUCUUAAUCAUUGAAAUUCAAAAUGAAUGAAUUUAUUUCAAGUGCUAAUGGUAAUAGUACUUGGUUUUGGUGCAGAAUAAGAAAAGAUUUUGGGGUAAAAAUAUUGCUAUAUUUUAUUAACUUUUACCUACUGAAAUAUUUUUAUACCUUAAUAGGUUUCUCUACAGAAUGUGUAAUUUUUUAUAAUCAACUGGAUAU